AUGAUAAACAAUACGUCAAUCAAGCAAUUUGAAAUUUCAUUGGGUACCAAUCCGGCAGUCUAUUUUCCUGGUCAAGCAGUUAAUGGCAAAGUGAUAUUAGAUUUAGAAAGGCAAAUCAAUAUUGCAAGUAUUCAAGUUCAGUGCUUAGGUUUCAGUAGUUGGAACGUACAUCGAAGAACUAGUGCACGACAUCAUCACUGCGACAUCAACUCUAGAAAGGAAACUUUCAUCGAUGAUAGCGAAACUUUAUGGGAAAAUGUGGAGGGAAAUUUGCAAGAAAUGCCAGUAGGACAAUAUGAAUUUAAUUUCAACUUUCCACUGCCUAUUGAUAAAAAAUUACCAUCAUCUGCUGAACUGAUGUGGUAUGACAGCCGUAUUCGCUAUUGCAUUAUUGCAACUCUCAAUGAUAAAAAGAAAAAGCUAUAUCGAACCGUAAAAGUCUUUACAUUUUUAGAAAUUAUUGAUGUAAAUCGCCCACAAUUUAAGGCACCUCCACCGCUAAUCGAAGUUGAAAAUACUUCAUGUUGUUUAUGUUAUCAAUCUCUACCUACACUAUUAACGAUAUCUACUGAUCGAUCUGCAUAUUGCCCUGGAGAAAGUAUCAAAUUUGAAGUUGUUUGUGAUAACAUGACAUCCAGUAGAAUUAAGUAUAUAGCAGCUAAACUUGCUCGGACAACUGAUUUACAUGUAGGAGAACGUACUUUUCUACACGUUCGACAUUAUUACAGUGAAGUUCGUUCAACAGAAGAAAUAACUGGAGGUCAAUCCUUUACUUGGCAUGAAGCAUCUAUGAAAAUACCUUCUUUACCUCCGUCAAUUAAAUCGAAUUUUAUCACUGUUUCAUAUGAAUUAUUGAUUAUCGCGAAAUUUGUCCACAGUCCAAAUCAAUUAGCUUCUGCACCGAUCACUAUCGGUAGCAUUCCGUUAAAUUUGCAACCAGAUCCAAGCCCUCCGGCAUCAGACGUAAAUAGACUCCAAUCUGCAAAUGUCGUCUUUGAAGGAUGUGUUGAUGAUUGCGAAAGAAACAUUAAUUCGAAAAAUAAAUUUAAACCUUUUUAUCCAGUCGCUAGAAUAUGA